ACGUACAUUGCUUGUUUGAGGUUGUUUGUGUAGACGAGUUUGCUCGACUCCCGGCUCGGGCAGUUGUCAGUCGCUCGGCGCAGGAGACGCACCUACGUGUUUGUGUAACUUCGUUCUACACGCAGCCAACAUGACUAGCAACAAAAUAUGGCAAAAGAUGCAAGAGGAUGGGUACGUGGUAUUAGAAGAUUUCCUGUCCCCAUCCGAAUGUGACGAGAUGGUGGCAGCCGGGACAGAAUUCACAAAGAACUUACCUCCUAAAGAACAACGGAUAAUUUUCUCUACUGUCGACUCCGAAAAGAAGCAACUACAAGACGAGUAUUUCCUGAAUAGCAACGAUAGCAUCAGUUAUUUCUUCGAAGCAUCUGCAGUUGGGCCUGAUGGAGAACUGACUGUAGACCCCAGCAUAUCUCUAAACAAGGUCGGUCACGCGUUGCACUACCAGCAUCCAAUCUUCAGAUGCUACACGUAUUGUGACCGCGUGAAGGAAGUUGCCAAAGCUCUGGGCUUCAAGGAGCCGGCGGUGGUGCAGUCCAUGUACAUCUACAAGAACCCUGGUGUUGGAGGCGAAGUAACUGCACACCAAGACAUCACAUACCUACACACCGCUCCCAUCCCACCAGUGGGUUUCUGGAUAGCCCUGGAAGACGCUACAGUACAAAAUGGAUGUCUCUGGAUAGUCCCUGGGUCCCACAAGUCUGGGGUCCAUAGAAGACUUACAAGGAACUUUGACAAAGACAGUAAAGACAAACUGAUAUACGAUAGUCCAGCUCCAUUCUACCCUCAGUCUAGAUUUACUGCAGUUCCAGUUAGUAAAGGUACCUGCAUUGUCCUCCACGGUAACGUGGUGCACAGGAGUGCGCACAACCACUCCAGCAACGGGCGGCCCGCGUACACGUUCCACAUCGUGGAGAAGCAGGACAACCAGUACUCCGCGGACAACUGGCUGCAGGAGGGGGAGCGCGCGCCCUUCUCCAACCUCUACACCACCUCGCAGCUCAUAUAGAUAGAUCACUCGCACCAUCGACUAUGUCUCUAGAUAACGUGAAAGUUUUCUGGCUUUUACCUUAUUUUUUGAUGGUUUUUAAUUACGUAAUUUAAUAAUAAUAAGUAAUUAAGAUUUUGAUAAUGAAAUGUAAUUAAAAUAAGGAUUAUUGCGAAAAUUACAUACAUUUACAUAAGUGCUGUCAAUUUAAACUAUUUUCAUCGACAUUUGGAAAAGUAAAUUGAUACUGUACAUAUUUACUUUGUACCCGCUGCGCACGAGCACAGCUUACGGUACCUAUUAUAAUGUUUAAAAUUAUUCACAAGUCGUGUCAAGUACCUGUAUGGGCAUUAGUAAUUGUACCUAGGGCCUAAUAGGUAGUAAUAGUUACCAUACUAUGACCCUCAUGUUAGUAGAUACCUUUAUAAGUACAAAACUUAAAAAUGAGUCGCUAAAUUUAAUAUAUGUUUGUUUUAUAACGUGUCGUGAGACAUAUUAAAUUAAUUACAUUGUACGGCUUAUUUACAUAACGUCGACGAGGUAACGCGAUUAGUUUCAAGCCAUGCCAGGGGCCCGUAGCGUGAGCUUUAUCGCGUGACAUGAAGUCUAUGACUCCCGGGUUCCUGGAGUGAUUUAUCUACCUACCUAUAUUUAAAAAAUAAAUGUAUAUCUGCAAUAGUACUAAAAUAAAUAUUCAAAAAUUGUGUUUGUGAUGUCACUCAUAUUUUUAUACAUUGAUGAUUAUAUUAUAUUAUAUUUUUAUAAUACGUCUCAAUAUUUUUAUGUAAUAUUUUUUGUGAUAAUGACAUACAUAAAUACUUAUUGUACGCCAUAUUUUUUGACAAAAUUACAAUAAUUACGAUGA